GACUCAAGAGGUUGGACGGCUCUGCAUGUUGCCGCCGCGGCAGAUCAGAGGACUAUAAUCCCUCUUUUCGCUGAAGCAGGCGCGAACAUGGAUGCUUUCGACCCGAACGGCCAGAGCGCGUUGGUGCUGGCGAUAGAGAACAACCACAUCGACGCCGUGAUAGAUCUUUGCGAAGCUGGCGCAGACGUCAAUGUAGCCCACAGAAACGGGUUCUCUCCCUUGUGCACGGCCGUGCAUAGAGGAGUUGAGAUGAUCAACCUUCUCCUUGCUCUCGGCGCGGACCCUUCGGCCAAGGACGCUGGUGGCUGGGUCCCUCUGUACUUCGCCAUCUGGGAGGAACCGAAUACCGACGUCCUGGAGGCUUUGCUGGAAGCGGGUGCCAACCCAAAUGUCCCCAGUCAAGACCUUGUUUACCCCAUCGAAGGCGCAGCGCGUAAAGGCAACGCAUUCGCGACUCGCCUCUUGCUGGAUCACAGCGCCGAUCCAAACAUGACCAUGAGGGAUUUUGAUCCAGCCUUAUACCACGCGAUCGCAUCGGGCAGCCUAGAGACCGUCCGGGCUCUUGUAGACGGUGGCGCUAGCUGUACAGUCAGGUUUAAGGAUGGAUGGACGCCUAUGCUGCUGGCUGCGAAGAAAGGAGACCAUGAAAUGGGGAGGGUGCUAAAAGCGAAGGGAGCGGAUUUGAAUGAUACGACAGCAGAAGGUUUGACGCCACUGCAUAUUGCGGGCAUGAACGGGAGUCGUGUGUUCUUCAAGUGGCUGCUGGAA